AUGAUUAAAAAUUUACGAGGUAUGGAGUACAUCCAAUUAACUUCGGAUUUCGACACAGAAGGAGGUUUCCUUGAAUCAGAUUCAGUGAAAACAGUCAUGGAAAAUGUGGAUCGCAGCUGUUUUGUAGCUAUGGACACAUACGAAAAUCAGUCAAAAUCAACUGACACUGGUCGCACUACCAACAGUGUUAUAUUUCCAGCCCCUUAUAUACAUGCAACUAUUCUGGCUGCACUGCGUGUCACCAUCAGAGCUAAAUCAGGCGUUUUAGUUAUUGAACAAGGCACUGGAUACAUGACAGCAUGUGUAGCGCUUAUGACAGGAGAAAAUGGUGUCACCGUAUCCUCUCUACCUAACAAUGAAUUAUAUACACGUGCUAGAAGGAAUAUCGAAAGCUGGCUAAAGGAUAACAAAACAGAUAAUACAUAUCGCUUGGAGAUGGGGAGGCAAAUUCAACUUAUAACCGAUGACGAGCUAAACAAAAUGUUACCCAAUACAAGAUUUGAUGCUAUUUAUCUUCGUUCAACUUAUGGAAGUGAUGUGUACAAGUUACAAAUGCAACUCACUCGAGGAGGUCGGAUAGUUUGCUUAGAAGGAGCUGAUAAAGGAGAACAGAAAUUGUAUCGAAUAGAUUUUUUAGAUUCUGGUGAAUUUCAAAGGACGAAUUUGAUCAAAUUCAAAGAUUUUGAGCCAGAUUACAGCCAUACCAAAAAAGAAGAAAUUAAACACCCUCGGUAA